AUGGCGCAGCCAACGCCGGUCGAACCAAACGGCGCAUCGACGCCUGUAAACGAUGAGAAUAGACACCUCGCCGUCCCGGGCAAGCGAAAACGCGAUAGCGAGGACGGUGCGGCUGCAGACGAAAUGACGGGUGUUGAAGAACAGAAGCCGGCCGCACCCCACCGAUGGGCUGCGGGGGAGCAAAAGGACCUGAUAAAGUCGUACUUUGAUGUUUUGAAGAGUAUCGACGUCGAGCCCGCCAUCCUGAAACGGCCGCUAGAAGACCGCCAGAUCGAAGAUGAACCCGACACGAAGCGACAAAAGUCGUCGGAGCCGCCGGCCUUGAAAUCAAUAUCGGACAAAAUGGCUACCGAUUCGUAUAUCCAUGUCGAAGAUGUUGCCUCUGAUGUUGUUUCUGCCGCCGAUGCCGCAUUGUCGGAAUUUAGGGCCAAGCUUCCGGAUGGCUCUGGCAGUGUAGAAAGUACAAAGGCUGUCGUCCGAAUUGCCGAAUUUAAAGCACAAGCCAUUGCCAUUCUGGAGCGGGAGAAGGCAUAUCCCAAGGUCGCUCCUUUGGAGGCCAUCGACGGCGGAGACGAUUCUAAAGCUGCAUCGCGUAAGAGCCAGGCCAUUCUGUCCGUGGUUGGCUACGCGCCGCAGGAAAGACGUCUCUUUUCGAGUCUGCCAUUGUCCCAUGACAUUGAUCUGACAGAGUUCAAUUUGCCGCCUGGCGUCUCUUUUUCACGCGUUGUUCCGGCCAAUCCCCAAGAACAAACGCAGACAUUGGGCGACUUGUUCGGUCCUCCUCGACCGCUUCCUCCUCUGCAGCCGCCCAAACAACCCAAAACCCAAGCCAAGGGCAAUACACUAGACUUUUAUCACCCCGAUUUAGCCGAUACUGCCAAGUACCGUGGAACCUGCUACUUCGGCACAAAGCUUACGUCAGGUUAUUAUCUUGACUACAGCAAUGCUACACCAUCAUAUCAAACCAAGACCAAACAGCGAGAGCGUGCCCAAAGUCUUGCUGGCAAGAAGCCAUCUACGUCGGAAUUGGAAAUGUCAGAGAUGGAGUCGCUUUUCCGAGGCGCCUUUUCUAGUUUUGCUCCGUGCAAAGAUGAUGCAGGGGCGGUGAUUCCGUCAGGAAUUGCUGGUAAAAUGUGGUGGCAAAAGAAUGGCUCCAAGAAUUUCCAGAGAAUGAUUGAAGUUGAAUACUACCCAGAUAUCGCAGAUGUGGAUGCAUUUCAUCCUGAAAUCAAGAGCGAGGACAUCGACGAGGAUGCCGUGCAGGAAGCCAUUGAUAAUUGGGAUGAUGGCGCUGUUGACCCGUCGCUCGAGGAUGCUUUGGGCACUAAGCGUGACCCCAACGACAAGGAGGUUGAUGAAAUUCUUGAAGAAGUCAGCGACUUGAUUGGAACAUUGGCUUCCUAUCAGCGCAUUCGCAACCUUACUCUACCCAAUUCCCAAAAUCGUCAAUCCAGCGACCCUGUCAAUGGCGACAUGCUGGCUAAUUCAGGGCCUCAACCCUCGGAAGAAGAACAGGCCACCUAUGAGAUGCUCAAAACGCAGCUGGCGUUAAUUAUCAAGACCCUUCCGCCAUAUGCUGUGGCCAAACUAAAUGGAGAUCAGCUGGAUGAUUUGCUCAUCAGCACCAAGGUUCAGGUUCAGACAGAUCAAUACCGUGGUGUCAUGGAGGAGGACGAUGCUGGUGUACAGGCCCGCAUAAGAGCACAACAACAGCAGCAGCAACAACAACAGCAUGCUGCAGCUCAAGCAGCUCAGGCGGCUCAAGCUGCCCAAGCUGCCCAGGCCAAUGCUCGGCCGCCCUCGCAACGCUCUGCUAGUAUUUCUACGCCCUACGCCAACCAAUACCAACACACACCCCAGUAUGGCACACCAACACGAACUCCCUCACAUCCUCAGCAAUAUUUCCGAUCUAUGCCGACUCCCAGUUAUCACCAACCUCGGGCUAUGGGCAGUCCCGCCCAGCAGCAUCCUAGACCACCACAGCCAAAUCAAUACACCCGACCUAAUGGCUAUCCGAACCAAUAUGCUACGCAACUCGCCAAAGCACAGACUCCUUACGGUCACCAAAACAUGCCCCAAACCAAUCAACAACGGCCGCCGCAAUACGGCCAACUUCAACAACAAGGGCCUCCGAAUGCUGCGCGAUUCCAAUAUCAACAGCAAUUUCAGCAGCAGCCACAGCCACAACCACCACCGCCUGGGCCUCCCGGUCAGCCCAAUUAUGGGGCAUAUAUGAAUGGGGCCGGCGUGCCUCCAAGGAACAUGUCACCGCAAGUUCCUCCGCGGCAUGCCUAUAGCCCGUCACCUAAUAUGCAGCCAGCUCAACAGCGCUAUGGAACUCCGGGCCAAGGCAAUCCACAAAUGAUCAGGCAUGGCAGUAAUCCGGGACAGCACGCUCAGUAUAGUCAGUCUCCCGGUCCAACCGGAUAUCACACCGUCAUUCCCGAGGCUCAGCAACAACGAAUCUUGGAGCAAGCCAAGGCACGAGUUGCUGCACAAGAAAGGACAGCCAUGUUCGGUGACAAGAUGCAGCCGGGCUUUCCUGGGAUGCCCAUGGGAUACGGCGGUAACAUGGAAGCGAACCGCAUCGCAGCAGCCCGUGCGAAUAUCAUGAAUCAGCAGAAGCCACAAACACCUGUUGGUCAACGACAAGGGAUGAACGGCACGCCCCAGUCACAAUACGUCCCUCCAUCAAAAGUGACACCUGUUCCCGUACCACCUAUCCCCGGUGCUGGACAGCCGCAGCCGCAGCCGGGCCAGCCUCAGCAGCAGCAGCCUGUACCUGGCCCAGAAUCAUAG